CAGCAGCUCACAACAGCCAGACACAGGCUCAGUGCUUGCACCCCUACAGGGAACAACUGCAGGAGUUUGCAGGGUCUGAGGAAAACAUCAAACCUGCCUGUUCUAGGCCCUACCAUUUUGGCACAGUGACAGUAUGGAAAGUGAAGAUGACGAUCCAGUUGUACAAGAGAUUGACGUGUUCUUGGCUAAAAGCUUGUCAGAAAAGCUUUAUUUAUUGCAGUACCCUAUACGCCCUGCAUCAAUGACAUAUGAUGAUGUCACACAUGUAUCAACAAGAAUUAAACCAAAGGAACAGAAGAUGGAAAUGGAAAUUGCCAUGAAUACAGAGAGUCCAAAUUACUGUUGCAGCAAAGGAGAGCAGAUUGCUCUUAAUGUCGAUGGUGCAUCUAAUGAUGACACAAGCACCUACUCAACGAAACUAAUGGAUAAGCAGACAUUCUCCUCCAUACAAGCUGAGAGUAACACCACUCGCUAUGCAGCAGCUUUAUAUCGGAAAGGUGAAAUUCAUUUGACUCCUCUUCAUGGAAUUCUGCAAAUGCGUCCCAGCUUCACUUACUUGGACAAAGCUGACAUUAAAUUUAAAGAGAGAGAAGCUGCCAACGAAGGUGGAGAUCCCUCUCAGGAUGAAGCUGAGGAUGACGUAAAACAAGUGAACGUGCGUUUCUCCCGGCCAGAAUCUGAAAAAGCCAAGCAGCGCAGAGUCCAAUCCUAUGAAUUCCUGCAAAAGAAGCAGGCUGAGGAAAACUGGGUCCAUCUUCACUAUUCGGGUGUAAAGGACAGUCGCUCAGAACACGAGCGUCAGUAUUUGCUUUGCCAGAAUACCAGCGUGGCAGACAAUAUGGAACUCACUAAAUCCCCAAGGGAUUAUCUGUCAAUGCUGAUGCCUUCAAAUGUUGAAGAGGAAAAGAAGAAGCCUGUAGCACCAAGCAAUGUGCUCUCUCUGGCCCAACUAAGAACUUUAUCAUUGGGUGACCAGAUAAAGGGACUAAUGAAAAAUGUUAAGGUUAUUCCCUUUGCAAACCUCAUGGGGCUGAUGGCUGCUGGAUCAGAAUCCAUUAAUGUUCUGCGAUGGUUACAGCAAGUGGCCAUGUUGGUUCAGGGAAACUGGGUGGUAAAGAGUGAUGUGGUUUAUCCAAAGGGGUCCUUGAGUCCUCACAGUGGGGUGUCAGCAGAUGCGCUUUGUCGUGGGAGAGACUUUGUUAUGUGGAGAUUCACAAAAUCUCGCUGGGUCGUGUGGAAAGAAAUCGCAUCGGUGACAAAACUUUGCCAGGAAGAAGUGAAAGAAUUCUUGGAUCAUAUGUCUAUUCCACGGAUCAACAAAGGCUGGGAAUUCAUGUUGCCUUAUGAUGAAGACUUUGUGAAAAAGCAUCCAGAUGUGGUUGAGAGGCAGAGCAUGCUGUGGAAAGGAAUUGAAUCUAACUUAAAGAAGGUAUUUAACAUUUCAAAUGAAGAUCUGGUAUCCAGGAAACAAGACAUGUCCUCAGCUCCACCUGUAGUGAUACCUGGGGACCAGCUGGUUAACAUUGCAAAAGCAAAGGCCACAGAGAACCAAGCUCAGUUGGAGAGGACCUUGCAGAAGAAGAAAGAGCAAAGCAAGCAAACUUCUUCCACCGUAACGGUUCUGGCAGACGUUCAUAUCAAAGAAGAGCCAGUGAGAGACGAGGAACCCUUGGACACCUCUGCCUGUGAUAUUCAUACGGAUGAGAGAUCUCGUGAGUCGGUUGGUCACACCCCGAGAGGUGACGGAGAUCUUGUAACAAAAGAAUUGAUGGAUUGAGUAAUCCACUCAGGAUUCUAGUUCAUGAGUUCAUCUUUUUAUUAGUUCCUCCCCUCUUCAUAACCCAGCCUCAUUCAAAAAGUUGCAAUUAAUGGACCUGUUAAAUAUUGUUUACUGUUUGGUUCAAAUGUCAUUAAAACAAUUUGUUUGAA